UCCAAAUCCCAACCAAUACAGGCAUCCUUCAUUUCUUAACUCUCACCAAUGUUAUUUCCAUCGCAAUUCCAUCGAUCCAAACGGCACUUUAGGUUUUGUUACGUCAAAAUAAAUCCCUACUGAACCGUCCUCUCCAUCUUCGUAUUGCCUUACGCGGUGAAGGGUGCGGCCCAGUCUUGGUUGUUCUUGCAAUCUUUACGAUUCCAUGGCCGCUGUUUGAAAUAGUUUUGUUCUCCUCAAAUGCUUCUUCGCCGAUUUGGAGCUGUAUUUCCUUCAUCAAGAAGGUUAUUUUGCAGCAACAGCGACCAUGAUUUAGCAAGUACCAUCGCUGAAUUUAACAAGGAAAUGGAAUCAGUAUUUGGAGAGCCUCCCCUGAGUGGGAUUUCAGAUUCUUCAAGUAGCAAUUUUACUGCCGAAAAGUCAGAAAUAGUAUCUCAAAUGGAUGAAAAUACUUCGGCUUUGACUCAUGUUGGAGGAGGUGGGGAAGCUCAAAUGGUGGAUGUUUCUCCAAAAAAAAGUACUGACAGAAUUGCUGUUGCUAGUUGCAAUGUAAUUCUUGGCAAGAAGGUGUUUGAUUUGGUCUUAGCUAACCAGAUGUCCAAGGGAGACGUCCUCAGUGUUGCUAAAAUUGCAGGAAUAAGCGGAGCAAAACAUACAAGCACUCUAAUUCCACUUUGUCAUAACAUAACCUUGACACAUGUACGAGUCGAUCUUCAUUUAAAUCCCAAAAAUUACAGUGUGGAUAUUGAAGGAGAAGCUGCAUCAACAGGCAAAACAGGAGUUGAAAUGGAAGCAAUGACAGCAGUGACCAUUGCUGGCCUUACGGUCUAUGAUAUGUGUAAAGCAGCUUCAAAAGAUAUACAGAUUACAAACGUGCGACUUGAAAGCAAAACUGGUGGAAAGAGUGGACAAUGGUCUAGGGAGGAGGUAUAGCUACCUUGCAAAGCCACCAGGUUCAUUCUUUGGCCAAGAAGAAUUAUUAAAGAAAUGUUGGGUUUUAGUUGUUUCUUGAUUAUCGAAACCCUUUGAAGGGUUAGAACUUCUCUCGGUACUGAGGUCUUUUGUGAAGGACUGAGGAGGAAACUAGAAGAGACAAGCUCAGAACUCUAUUUGUGGGUUUGUUGUGUUUUUGAAUUGCAAAUGGGAGCUUGCUUGGGUUGUUUGGAAUCAACAGAAGACAACACAAAAAGAUCAGAUAAUGUAUCAUACAUCCCUUCAUUGUCAUUUCCUUUGUUCAGAAAACACUGUGAGAGCCUAGUUUUUGGGAGACAUUUGGUUUAUUGGUGAGAUAUUACUUAUUUUUAAGGACGUAAGGGUCAAUAACUAGUGCAAUGGUUACAAUAUGUGUAGUGUCUUAGGAUCCUUAGAGAGUGAAGAUUUUGGUAGGAAUUUACAUUGUUCAAACUUCUCGAUAGGCUACCGGACUACCUCUCUCCGAGUUCCAACAAUUGAAUUUCUAAUAAAAAAAAUUUCACCUCUUUAGGAACUCCUAGCUAAUGCCCUUACUAAUAUUCCACUAAUAAUCCCAAUAUAUCCUUGACUAGAGGUCUCACAUACACAUCUUGCCAUCGUUCCUUUUCUUGGAAGAAAUCAAGUUGAAGGAAUAUGAGCUGUCUAUUAUUGCUCUCCAAGGAAUGAAAACCAUUUGGUUAUCAAAAUCAAAUAUACCUAUAGACGGUUAUUUUAUAGGAUUAAGAAUAUAAUUGUAUCAUUUUGUCCACCAGUCUGAUUUUUCUAUUUACACAUAAAUACAUAAAUUGUUUUAACUUCUAAAGAUACGUUUCUUUGAACAUAUCUUAUCUAGUUAUGACAUAUAUCUUUGACUAAGACUUCACAGGGUCUAAUCGUUCAACUAUAAGAAAAUGUAAGAAAGUCAUCUAGUCUCGAAUACUUUGGUCGAAUACAUUUGUGUAUCAGUCAUUUCAUUCCUUUCUAUACUUUAUGAAGCUAUCAAAUUUACAUUAUUUUCCUCUAAUACUUUCGAACCUCGUUACCUCGAAGUGGUUAAAAGAUUGAAGAUUAACUUUAAAUAGGAAAUAAGAAAGAUUCCUUAAACAUAACUUAUAUUCCUUCGUUAUUGGCUUUUUAUCAUCCAAAAUUCCUAUAAUUUCAUUCCAAACUUGACUUUAGCAUAGAACCAUUUUGUAUUCCUGUUGGAUCUCAGCGUCCUGGUGUUCAACAUUUUAUUUUGAACUUAUUAUUGUUAUUAUUAUUUUGGUGUUGGCAUCCAUAUUCAUAGUUUAAUCAUUCAAAGCACUUUAAGCAAAUUAAUCUGUGAUGGAUAACGUUUGUCUUCAUCUUUUUAAUUUUUCAUUAUUACUUCUUGUUUGUAACGAGGAUUGGGGUGUCCCACAAGUUUCAAUUGGACCUAUUACACGAUUCCAAAGCAAAGAAGAUUCAACCAAUGUUUGUUCUUCAUCUAGAUAAUUGGGUGGACUUUCUUCAACCUCUAUUUCAUGUGUUACAACUUACAACCUAAUUUGAGAGGGACCAAUUUAAAGCUUUUAUGGUCAAUGUUUGCAAAAGGUUGAAUUUGAGCAUUGAAGUUGUCACUCAUGAGCAAUUUGAAGGCUUCUUUUAUUUUUAGUGCAUAUUUUGAUUUUAAUCCACUCAGAAGUGUUUGGGUCAAGGAGUAGGGAGUUGGAAAGUGUAGAUUUUAGAACUUUUCUAGUUUGAUCAAAGGAGUUUGUGGCUCUGCUACUACAAAAACAUCAAUGAUAAAACUAUGAUAUUCUAGAAUUCACAACUC